AUGUCCGCCGAGCAUGACACCGCCACCGGCGCCGCUGCCGCUGCCGCCGCCGACCAGCUGGGAUUCAAUCCCCCGCCCCAGCACUCCGCCGCGACCGAAGGCCAUACCAUUCAGGGCGGAGCAUACGGUGUCGGCGAGGGGCCGCAGGUUGUGAGCACGUCGGGCGUGCUGGAGGUGCAGUGCGGCCCGCUCCUGAAUUACAGGCAGAUGAGCGCCGUCGCGUCGGGCAGGCCCAACUGGCACGGCAGCGUCCUUAUCGUGACCACGCCUGGCCAGAUUCACCCCCAGCUGCUCCUGAGAGAGAUCGGCGCCGUCGACGGCUCCACCGGGCCCGCGGCCACCGAUACGCGCUCAUUCGACGGCUUCAAGUUGUACGAGGACCCCAAGAAGGCUUUCUGGCGCUUCCUCAUCGACCUGCCCCUGCGCGACUAUGAGGCGCGCUGGGAGUACGAGAUUCCCAAGCUCAAGCCCGUCGGGGGAGCCACCAUUGACGGUGAUCCUACCAAGCGCGCAUUUGCUGUGCCCUCAAUUACUCAAUCCAUGCGCAUUCUCUUCCACUCGUGCAAUGGCUUCAGCGUUGGUACUGAUGUUGACGCCUGGUCCGGCCCCGCCCUCUGGAACGACGUGAACCGCAUUCACGCGAACAAGCCCUUCCAUGUCAUGAUUGGUGGUGGCGACCAGAUCUACAACGACGGCGUGCGUGUCGACGGCCCGCUCAAGGCCUGGACCGACAUUGGCAACCCCAAGAAGCGCCAGCACUUCCCCUUCAACGAGCAGCUCCGCGCCGAGUGCGACGAGUACUACUAUAAUAAUUACAUCCGCUGGUAUACCACCAGGCCGUUUGCCGACGCCAAUGGCCAGAUUCCCCAGCUGAACAUCUGGGAUGAUCACGACAUCAUUGAUGGCUUUGGUUCCUACACCGACCACUUCAUGCGCUGUGCCGUCUUCCGUGGCAUUGGUGGAGUGGCUCACAAGUACUAUCUCCUGUUCCAGCACCAUCUUCCUCCGCCGAAGAGCACUUUCACCACUGAUGACCCCAAGACUGUUGAGCCGGGUCCGGACGGAACUCCGGCUGAUCCUGUGCAGUUGAAGGACACUUUCGUUGCGGAAGAACCUGUAGAGCCGGACUCUUAUAUCAUCGGAGCGAAGCCCGGCCCGUAUGUGGAAGAGCGUAGCCGAUCUAUCUACUGUCAGCUCGGCGCUCGCAUUGCUUUCUUGGGUAUCGACGCUCGUACCGAGCGUACUCGCCAUCAGGUCAAUUACCCUGAAACUUAUGAUCUUCUGUUCAACCGCUUGUCCAAGGAGCUCUCGUCCAACCGAGAGAUCAAGCAUUUGGUUCUCCUUCUCGGUGUCCCCAUUGCCUACCCACGUCUGCAAUGGCUCGAGAACAUCUUCCAGAGCCCGGUCAUUGGCCCCAUACGCUUCAUGAAUAAGCGCUUCGGCCUGGCUGGAAGCUUCUUCAACCACUUCGACGGACAAGUCGACUUGCUGGAUGACCUGGAUGACCACUACACCGCUCGCCACCACAAGGCUGAGCGUAAGGAGCUGAUCCUGCGCUUGCAAGAGAUCGCGAAGCAGAACAACGUCCGUGUUACCAUCCUUGGUGGUGAUGUGCACUUGGCAGCCCUCGGCCGCUUCUACAGCAACCCUGCCCUGCAGAUCCCUGUUGAGCGUGAUCAUCGUUACAUGAUCAACAUUGUCAGCAGCGCCAUCACCAACAAGCCCCCGCCGCAGCCGGUCGCCAACCUCCUUGCGCGCCGCAACAAGAUCCACCACCUCGACCACGAGACAGACGAGACGCUGCUUGAGCUCUUCGACAAGGACCCAGGCUUCAACGCUGAGGGCAAGGACGACAAGGGCGUCGGAAACAAGUCCGGAGACAAGAACCACUGCACCAUGCCCUCGCGUAACUUUGCCAUCAUCACCGAAUCGUGGACGCCGAACGGCGCGCCGUCCUUGGCCCCGCCGCCCACGGCCAAUGGCACUGCAAACGGCUCCCUCGCCCCGCCCGCUCCGCCUGGAACGGCAAACGGCUCGACCCAGUCGGCCUACACGGCAUCGGCUCCCAGCACCGUCAUGUCCGACGGCCAGCCCGUCUCGGCGCCCCCUGACCCCAAGAAGAACCCGCGCCGCGCCCUGCACGACGGCGAGAAGGGCUGCGGUACCAUACAUCCGGCCGCGAGCGGCGUGGAUGCGACGGGCUUGGGCGGCAGGUACGGCCUCGACAUCACCUUCCGCGUCGAGAUCUCGCCCAAGGAUCCUGAGGGCCACACGGAUGGCUAUGGGUUGAGCGUGCCGGGCCUGGAGGUCGAGUAG